CCUUCAUUCUAGUAGGAUUUUAAAGAGCCUUCUAGAUAGCCGUUAAACCCCAGAAUUUGCAACUCAACCUCCUCACACACAUAACUCUCGUUCCAUUUCCCCCAAAUUCAUCAUCAAACCAAUCAAAAAACCCUAGAAAUCAAUAUAAAAACGCUCAUAAGAUGGAAGAGAAGCAAAUCAACAAGAAAAGAAAGACGGAAGUAAUCAAAAAUAACAAUGGAGGAUUAACAAGAAAGAUAAAGCUGUAUUGCCCAGCGGCAUCGAAAAUAGCUGAAAUAAUCGCAUGGGAAGAUCAGAAAUUGGAUUUAGGCACCAUUGCUAAGAGUUUCAGUCUUGAACCAGCGACAUUGAAGCUGAAUGGACACUUCAUUAGCAGAGGAAUGGAUUUAAUAGCAUCCUCAGUUACAUGGAAGUCGCUUCUAUCUUUCUUUUCUUCUAAAGGUUUGUCUACUGGUACUGAUUCUUCUGGUGCCCUCGUCGUCGAUGGCAAGCUAUCUAAGUCUGGUACCAAGAGAGCUCAUGAACAGGCAUCGGAAGUUCUGAACAGGGUUAAUUGUGUAACGUUACAGCAAGAGUAUCCACAAUCCAAUCCGGCUCAGGCUUUCGAAAACGAAGAUAUCAACUCGCCAAAGAAUAAAAAGAUGAAAGAUAUCAAAGACGUGUGCAUCAAUGACAGUAAAACGAUUGAAUGCAGCACUACCGGAACAAAACGGAAAAACUGGCUGGGAAACAUUAGUCCAUAUAUAAAGAGGGUGAGAGUUAAUGAAGGCUGUUCAGAUAAACGCUGUCAAUGUAAGUACUCCUCGUAAAUCUCAUCCCUUGAUUACGGACUAACAUGGAAUCAUAAGCACAGGUACGUUCAAGUGAAGUCGUGUAAUUGGAUGAAAUUGAAACUGAAGUUUCAAUGGCUGUUGUGUUACAGGACACGAAGAAAGAAACAAUAGCAUCAGUGGGUUAAGUUGCGGUUAUCAGAUGCGCGACUCUUUGAAGAGAAUGAGAGAAAAUGAUGUACUUGUACGCUCAAUCUGUAAGAGAACGCGAUGAACUAACUUUGUUUAUACGUUAGUUUCUCGCCUUUUUUCAUGUAUGUAAAAAAUCAGUUUAUGAUAGAUCCGUACAUCCUUUUGAUGAUCUCAAUAUCGAUGAUUUUACUGAAGUUUGCUUCUAAAUGAUCGGUGUAAAUGUGCAUUGCUACAAGUACACUCGGAACAAAACAUAAUCAAUUAUUUCAGUGUGUUGAGUCUGAAUUAAUAACAAAUACUCUGUUUUAGUUUCUAUUUUGAACAAUUUUACAAGUUCAUCAUUUUUUCUAUUUAGAAAGCUAUUUGUGAGUCAUAGUUGUUUAAAUCUCACAAAAUUCCUCAACUUUAAUUUUUAUUCAUCAUAGGAGUAUUACAUUUUUAAAAAGUGUGCAAAAGUAAAUGAUACACUUGCUCUUAAAUGGAUGGAGCAUUCAACUCAGAGGAGUGAAAAUAUUUAGAUCUUACCCAGAAA